AUGAAGUUCUUGUCUACCUGGGCUGUAGCCUACUUGGCGGCUCAGGCUGCGGGUGCUGCUUUGAGCCAUAAGCUGGGUGGACUUACUAUCCGUGAACACCCAGAUGCUAUGAAGCGGGCCCAAUCGCAGAAAUAUGUGACUUGGGAUGAACACUCCUUGUUCAUCAAUGGCGAGAGACUGAUGCUGUUUAGCGGCGAAUUCCACCCUUUCCGACUACCCGUUUCGACGCUCUAUAUUGAUAUCUUCCAGAAGGUCAAGGCCCUUGGAUUCAAUUGCGUCUCAUUCUACGUCGAUUGGGCGCUCGUUGAGGGCAAGCCUGGUGAGUACCGCGCUGAUGGCAUUUUCGAUCUCGACCCAUUCUUCGACGCUGCCAAGGAGGCUGGGAUUUACCUGUUGGCUCGCCCUGGUCCCUAUAUCAAUGCCGAGGCUUCUGGAGGUGGCUUCCCGGGCUGGUUGCAACGUAUCAAAGGCACGCUGCGAACAACUGCCCCCGACUAUUUGAAAGCGACCGAUAAUUAUAUGUCUCAUGUCACUGCGACUAUUGCCAAAGCUCAAAUCACAAAUGGCGGACCUGUCAUUCUUUUCCAGCCGGAGAACGAGUACAGUGGAGCUUGUUGUGGCGACACCGACUUCCCCGAUCCCAGCUAUAUGCAGUACGUCGAGGAUCAAGCUCGUAACGGUGGUAUCGUUGUCCCUCUAAUCAACAAUGAUGCCGCUCCCGAUGGACACAACGCCCCCGGUUCUGGCGAAGGAGCCGUCGAUAUCUACGGUCAUGAUAGCUACCCUCUGGGAUUCGAUUGCGCUAAUCCCUCGACAUGGCCCAGCGGUGAUCUUCCAACCAACUUCCGUCAGCUUCAUUUGGAACAGAGCCCGACGACACCAUACUCUCUGGUUGAGUUCCAAGGCGGAUCAUUUGAUCCCUGGGGAGGAAGCAGCUUUGCGGCUUGCGCUGAGCUUCUGAACAGCGAAUUCGAGCGUGUCUUCUACAAGAAUGACUUUAGCUUCGGUGUUGCUUUCAUGAACCUGUACAUGAUCUUUGGUGGUACAAACUGGGGCAACCUGGGUCACCCCGGCGGAUACACCUCAUAUGACUAUGGCUCGGUAAUCACCGAAUCUCGCAACGUGACUCGCGAGAAGUACAGCGAGCUCAAGUUGCUUGGAAACUUCGCCAAGGUAUCCCCGUCAUACCUGGUGGCAACGCCUGGAAACUCAACUACCUCGACCUACACCAACACUGCCGAUUUGACCGUGACACCCUUGUUGGGUAACAACAGCUCGGCCUCCUCGUUCUUUGUGGUCCGCCACACUGAUUACUCAAGUCAAAACUCGGUCGACUAUAAGCUUCAAGUUCCCACUAGCGCUGGCCGUCUGACAAUUCCUCAGCUGGGAGGAAGCUUGACCCUCAGCGGUCGUGACUCAAAGAUCCACGUCGUUGAUUACGAUGUUGCUGGCACUAACAUUCUCUACUCGACUGCCGAAGUCUUCACCUGGAAGAAAGUCGGAAAUGAGAAGUAUCUUGUCGUUUAUGGUGGCCCUGAUGAGCACCACGAGCUUGCUGUCUCCACCAAGGCAGAUGUCUCCGUCGUCGAGGGAUCUUCCUCCAGCAUUACCUCCAAAAAGAAGGACAGUGCGGUUGUUAUUGGCUGGGAUGUUUCAUCGACGCGCCGCAUCAUCCAGGUUGGCGAUUUGAAGAUUCUUCUGCUUGACCGUAACUCUGCCUACAACUACUGGGUGCCCCAGGUGCCGGCCAAGGGCACCACCCCCGGAUUUGCAUCUGACGAGAACACCGCCUCAUCGGUCAUCGUCAAGGCUGGAUAUCUCGUGCGAACUGCAUACCUGCAGGGAAGUGACCUUCACCUCACCGCCGACUUCAACGCCACGACUUCGGUUGAGGUUAUUGGUGCUCCUUCCAAUGCCAAGAACCUUGUCAUCAACGGCAAUAAGGCUGAGGUCACGGUAGACAAGAACGGCAUCUGGUCGACUAGUGUCGAGUACACCGCACCGAAGAUCCAGCUUCCCUCCCUUAAGGACCUGAAGUGGAAGUCCCUGGACACUCUCCCCGAGAUCCAGAACUCGUAUGACGAUUCUCGCUGGACCGUGGCCAACCACCCCUACACAAACAACAGUGUCAAAAACCCACUGAACACACCAACCUCGCUGUAUUCCUCCGACUAUGGUUUCAACACCGGAACUCUCAUCUAUCGGGGUCACUUUGUCGCCAAUGGCAAGGAGAAAACGUUCUUCGUGCGCACCCAAGGCGGCACGGCAUUCGGCAGCUCGGUGUGGAUCAAUGAGACCUACGUGGGCUCAUGGGCCGGCAUCGACGCGGACAGCAACUAUAACGCAACCUACACGCUACCGAACCUGAAACCCGGCAAGUCCUAUGUCAUCACAGUGGUCAUUGACAACAUGGGUCUGGACGAGAAUUGGACCGUGGGUUCGGAUGAGAUGAAGGACCCCCGUGGUAUUCUUGACUAUGAGCUCUCCGGGCAGUCUGCCAGCGCCAUCACCUGGAAACUGACCGGUAACCUGGGCGGCGAAGACUACCGGGAUAAGGUUCGUGGUUCCCUCAAUGAGGGUGGUCUCUACGCCGAGCGUCAAGGAUUCCACCAGCCACAGCCACCAUCCCAGAAAUGGGACUCCAGCAGCCCAUUGGACGGACUGUCUAGGGCGGGUAUCCGGUUCUACAGCGCAAGUUUCGAUUUGGAUCUGCCCAAGGGCUGGGAUGUCCCGCUGUACUUCAACUUUGGCAACACCACCUCGCCGCCCUCUGCGUACCGUGCCCAGCUGUUUGUUAAUGGAUACCAGUAUGGCAAGUACGUGAACAACAUUGGCCCGGAGACGAGCUAUCCCGUUCCUGAGGGUAUUCUGAACUACCGGGGAACCAACUGGAUUGCAUUGAGCUUGUGGGCCCAGGAAGAUAACGGUGCUAAGCUGGAUAGCUUGGAGCUAGUAAACACUACUCCUGUGCUUACUGCCUUGGGUGAUAUCGAGUCGGUGGAGCAGCCCAAGUACCAGCCUCGCCGGGGAGCUUAUUGA